AUGUUGGAUGUAGCUCUUAAAUUUGAAAAGGCAUUUGAAAGGUAUGCGGAUGAUGAUGACAAGUUUUUGAGUUACUUUGAGGAGAAAGAAAAUGGGGAGAAAAUGAUUGGACCACCAAGUUCUAGUGACUGGGAGUGUGCUUCUGUUUUUGUCAAAAUUUUGUCCACUUUUUACGAAGUUACUCUCAAGUUUAGUGGCACAUUGCAUAUAAAUUCUAACAAGUUCUUUCAUGAGCUUUGUCAUAUUGAUUGUCAAUUGAGUUACUUGGCUCGUAACAAUGAUCCAUUUUUAUCCAAAAUGGCUAAUAAUAUAAAAAGCUUUCGAACAAUCACGUUUGUAUAUUGCUUUCCAACGAUAUUAGAAUGCACGAUGAUAUCUGAAAGACUGAAAGAAGUCGAGCCUUCCAAUGUGUCGAACCGUCUAGCUCGCAGUGCUAGCCAAAAGUUAAAGAAAAACAACCAUGGAAGCGUAAUGGCCGAUGAUGAUAGCUCGGGUGGGGUUUCAUUAAGGUGUCUGAGUUUGUAUAGCCGUGGCAGUGGAGGGUGCAAGGUUGGAGCUGCUACGAGCGACGAGUUUGGUGAAGUCACGAAAGGGUUCAAACCAGUGUGCGGGACCCACGACACGAGCGUUGAUUGCUUCUCGUAUGGAGUGGAGCGGUUUUGGAAGAGAAAUAACCGGAAGAAGAAUCUUGAAGUCGAAAAAGAGCCGCACCGAAAAAACACCAUGGAUGUGUUUCUUCCCGAUGAUGUUCUUGAGAUGUGUUUGAUGAGACUCCCGUUAACGAGUCUGAUGAAUUCUCGGCUCGUAUGCAAGAAAUGGCGAGCGUUAACGAGCACACCGCGGUUCAUGCAAAUGAGACGAGAGGGGUGUUUCCCAAGUCCAUGGUUGUUCGUUUUUGGUACGGUGAAAGACGGUUACUGCUCUCGUGAGAUAUUCGGUUUUGAUGUCUCUUUCAAAAAAUGGCAUAAAAUCGAAGCGGAAGUUCUUACAGAUCGGUUUUUGUUCUCAGUCGCGACUGUUCGUGACGAUAUUUUCGUCGUUGGAGGUCGUUCGAGCGUUGGUAGAAUGGACGGAAGUUCGUGCAAGACACACAGAGGAGUCUUGGUGUUUAGCCCGUCAACAAAAUCUUGGCAGAAGGUUGCAUCGAUGAAACAUGCACGCUCGAAGCCUGUUCUUGGAGUCUGUGGAGUCAGCUCUGAUCGUUUGGUCGUCAAAAAUCAACACAAUCAUUUUCUCCGGUCACGGACGCGUGUCGGGGGAGUAUCGGAUGUUUACGAGGACCCACAUCGGCUUUCCAUUAGAAGGCUAUCGAGAAACUCCAUCGAUGAAAAGGUCAAGCACGCAAGUGUAAAAGACCGUCGACGGUUCUUGAUUAUGGCCGCUGGUGGGCUCGGUUCUUGGGAGGAACCGCUAGAUUCAUGUGAGAUUUAUGACUCGUCAUCAAACAAAUGGACGGAAAUUCAACGACUGCCUGUGGAUUUCGGGGUCGUCUGUUCGGCGGUUGUCUGUAACGGGACAUUUUACGUUUACUCAGAAACCGAUAAACUCGCCGCAUACGACAUUGGACUAGGUUUCUGGGUUCGAGUCCAGAUGACUCCUGCUCCACCGCGGGUCCAUGAGUACCCCCCAAAGCUUGUAUCGUGUGACGACCGUCGGUUGUUUAUGGUGUCGGUCUCAUGGUGCGAGGGAGAUGGUGAAAUCGGGCGGAGAAACAAAGCGGUGCGGAAGUUAUGGGAGCUCGAUCUCGUGUACUUAACAUGGAACGAAGUUUCGAAACAUCCCGAUGCACCGAUGGACUGGAAUGCGGUAUUUGUUGCGGACAAAAACUUGAUUUUCGGGGUCGAAAUGUUCAAAAUUUUCGGGCAGGUGUUGGAGUUUUUGACGAUGUGCGAUGUGGCUGACCCAGCGAUGAAGUGGGUUCACGUAUCGAAGAAUCAGGUGGCUCGGGAAAUGGAUGCGGCUUCGUGCGUGAUGAAAUCGAUGGCGGUCGUGCACUUGUAACAAAUGCCGAUAAGUUUGAUCGAAAUCGAUGGUUAGUGGCGUAAGUUGAUCAUAAGCUGAAUUUCGUAAUUAAUGUUCAAGAAUUGUUGCGUUUAUUUUGGAUUCGUAGUAAAUUCGAUUUGAUUGGGGUUACAAACUUUGCAAGUAUAUGUAAUUCCUUUUUGCAUCAGCAACUA